GGAAAAUCGGUGUCUCGAAAGUCCAGGAGGCAAAAAAAGUCUCCAAAUCGUUUUAUACUUUACCGUACUUAUCAUCUUAAACAUAGUCAAUGUCUCAACAAUUCCAAAACGCCGAUGGACAUGAGGACUGUGUCGAAAGUAAUAUCAGCCCAAUGGGCGAACGAGCCCCCCGAUAUAAAGAGAUAUUGGGACAAAAUCGCCGAAAAUGAAAAAACUAAAAGAAUCACUAUCUCCAAAUCUUCAGACCCUUUCUUACCCUUAACGGUUCCAUUAUCUGACGAAUCCAAAUUACCUGGAGAAAAUUCCAUGUCUCCAGAUUCUUCCAUGGAA